GUCGCCGUCGGUGGUACGUGAUCGUUGCGCGCGCGUUCUCCGUCCUCGGUCAUAUCCGUGUCCCGCGUCGGGAGGCUUCGCCGUGCGUAUAGUUCGCGAGUGCGCCACGCGGCGCUGCUCGCCGGCACCCGUGUAAUUCUGUGACCGCCCUGCUCCGUAGUUUCUCGUCCUCGCGAAACCUUUUUCCACGAAAAAAGAAAGAGUCCCUUCGAGAUUUUCCUCGCCCUCGUUUCUCCACGAGGCUCGAUCAAGGCGAACAUGGAGGAGAAUCGUCCUGAUCGGGAAUGACGCGCGAUCGCGCCAUACCACGCGACAUCAUCGCCAUAGUAGUAGUUAGUAGUAGUAGUAAUAACAGGAAUAAUAAUACUAGUAGUAGUAGUAGUAAUAAUAGUAGUACUAGAAGACGACUGGCUGCCCCGCACAAAGACAGAACUCGGGCGGAGAAGGGCGAGGGAGAGAGGGAACGUGAAGUCUCGAGACGACGACGACGAGGUCGUCGUCGUUUUAGGACCCCCCUGUAGGAGGCCAAGAGUGGCAGGCACCUCGUCGCCACUGUACGCGUGUGUCUGUCGCGCGAAAGACGCGUCGCCGCUGUGUGAUCUACGCGCGCGCGCGCGCGCGUAGACUCCGCUCUCUUGCUCCGAAAUCCUCGACCGGGGAAUACGUCGCGUUGCUCGUCGUCACCGCGGCUCGCAUGCCCGCACACUUAGUAUUGUGCAAUUCACGACGAAGAAAUGGCUUGCAACGGCAAAAGGAUGCUCUUACGUGAUAUUAAUCAACAUCUGAUCUGUCUACUGUGCCGAGGCUACCUCAUAGAUGCCACAACUGUGGUGGAGUGUUUGCACUCAUUUUGCAGAAGUUGCAUUUUAAAACACCUCAACACUUCAGCGCAGUGCCCGUCGUGCAAACAUGUGCUCAAUAAAGCGAAGCCAAAUAUCAAAGCCGAUAAGACGUUACAAGAGAUCGUGUAUAAGCUGGUACCCGGAUUAUAUCAUAGAGAAAUGUUAAAAAGAAGAGAUUUUUACAAGAAGCAUCCUGAGCACGCAAAUCUAACAACGCCGGAACAACGCGGUGAAGAUGUGAGCGGACGAUUGAUAUUCAAUCCGGAGGAUGUAGUGAGCUUGAGCUUAGAAUACUUACCGCCAGAAGCGGAUCCGCUGGAUAUACUGACAAGUACCAAUGACGUGGACACGAACAACUCCAAUAACAUUAACAGCGGUGACAAUACCAAUAACAGUAAUCACAACGGCAGCAGCAGAAGAUACUUGCAGUGUCCGGCUCUCGUGACUAUCGCGCACCUGAAAAAGUUUAUAUCAAUGAAAUACAGCGUCGACGUAACAAGAUACAACAUCGAGAUCUGUCAUCGACGCGCGACCCUCCCCGAAAACUGGACCCUCAUGGACGUCGCUUAUAUUUACGCGUGGAAAAGAAUUGCACCGAUGAGAUUUUUCUAUUUAGUGGCGCAGGAGCAGAGACUCGAGGCACCGCUGCACCAAAGACCCUCGACUCCAGGACUGGGAGCUCGGGACUGUGUGCCACCGAAUGACAUUCCGAAUAGCAGCGAUAUAAACAGUAAUCCCAUUGAUCAGAUUCAGGAAUCCUCUAAAUCAGAGGCUAAAUCUGUGAACGAUAGCGAUAGGACGACGUCUCUGGCGAAAAAUUCGGAUAGCAUUGCAAAUAAUAAGAUAACUACAGCCGUAGAUCGCAAGCCAACAGUGAUAGAGAAGAAAAACGAGGCAAACAAAACCAUGACGACGUCCACGACGCCCACGUCGUCGACGUUAACAACGACGAGCGCGACGACGACGAUAUUGACCACGUCGAAUGUGUCUUCGCUGACGACGAUGACGACAUCAACGGCGAUGACGUCAACGGCGAUGACCACGUCAACGGCGAUGACCACGUCAACGGCGAUGACCACGUCAACGGCGAUGACGACGUCAACGACGAUGACGACGUCAACGAUAAUGACGACGACGACGACAACGACGACGACGUGUAAUGACUCGAGUAAGCAGAUAAAGAGUCCGAUUAAGAUAAUGAAGCAUCCGGACGGAAAAUACGAAGUAUUGAAGAACCCGUCCACUCCUUCUACCGUGACAGACGUCAAGAGUCCAACUAGUCCUGAAUUUAGCGUCGUGAAUUCCAACGGUGUCAAGAUAACUCUGAAGCAAUGCUCGCCGCCGCAAAAUAAUGGCAGUUCGAAGAAACCGAAAGUCAUCAGCGACGUUCUGUUGCGUUGCGGCCAAAUAGAGAAAGACGGGCCGCCGUCUUCGAGCGCAUUGAUUCAGCAACUGCAGCAGCAACAACAACAAAAACAACAACAACGAGACAAAGAAAAAUUUAGCUCGACGUCGACGAGUCCGGUAUUGCCAGACAAGUUGGAGAAACACCGACGUAAAGUAACCUUCUCGGUAGACCGAUCUUCGACGUCCGAGAGCCCAAAGACCUCUCCCACUAGUGCCAGUGGUGCAGUGCCAAAAACAGCGUUAAAGAAACCGGCGGAGCAGCAGGACAAGAAGCAAUUCCUUCAGGGUUUUCAAUUAACUGCCCGGGAACCAUCGAUGCCAAACGAUAGCAAGCUGAUACCUAUUACUCGAGACAUUUGUACCACGAUGAACGCGCUCAAGGCUCUUCAGAAAAAUAAGCUGGAGGAAUCCUCGAAGAAAGAUACCAAUGAAGUCAAGAAGAAGAGUAACACCGAAAAUGGCAAUAGUAUCGCAACAAACACAGUCGCGAUAAGCACAGUCGCAAAACGAAAUCUCUCCGGAACGCCUGCAAAUAAUGCGCGAGCGUACACGAAGAUGAGCGACGCAAACGGGCGUGCAUUUAAUUCGGGAAUCGGUCCCAAUAGCGCGAAUAUCGCGAGCGGUAAUCAUGCUAAGAUGGACGUGUACACCUUCUCUAGCGAUCCGCCGCCGCCGAUCGUUCCUGCCGGAGCAGUGAAGAGAAAGUGCCCUCCGGGUCUGCCGAUCGCUGAACUGAAGCGUCGGAAGUCGCCGCAGAUCGCGCAGAGACAGGAAUCUAACAAGAGGCAAAACGUUUCGCCGCACAAUUCCCCGAAUAAGCUGCCGCGUACUUCUUCAGCGGAGCACGUGAUACCCACGAGCAGAGCGACUAGCAAUAUAACGGGAGAUUACGGCAGUUCGAGCCGUACAUCCAACACGAAGGCGUCCACCAGUCCGUUGCUGUCGAACGAUACUAGGGAUUUUCUAGUAGACGGCUAUGGACUGAAUAUUCCGGCGAGUUUAAGCAUAACGCUGACGUCACCCAAGUCAGCGGGAGUUUCCGGGCCAUUUGUCGAGUCCAAAGAUCCCGGUGAGAACAAUCGCGGGAAGGUCGCGCUAGGCAAGGUGAAUCCUAGUAUCACGUUGAACGAUCGAUCGGUAGAUCCGCGCGUGUUGAAGGCUCUAAAGACUGGACAGAUGAAAAUGCCGAGCAAUCCAGCGAAGAUGGACAAAUCAACAGCGACAACAGUUGGAGCGACGACAAAACAAACUUCGAUGACGAUGGAUCGUAACGAGGCAACGACGAAUCAGCAACGAACAACGACGUUUACCGCCAAACGGAAGAAGGAACACGAAAUGAAUAGGGACAUUCUAGAUUUAAGCGGAGGUAAAAAGAAUAUGGAUCUACAUCCUCUGAGAAUUCCUCAGCCGGUGACGAAGCUUAAUCAGAACAAGGCUAGUAAGAUCAUAGGCAGGGAUAGUAUGCAACCAGGUAGCAUCUCCGAUCAGGGCCAAGUGGUGACGUUGAUGGGCGGUCACAGGUAUUAUCGUGCACCUCCAGGCUCCCUGACACCCGCUGCUCACCGUGUCACCGAUUUUCUACCACCGUCGCGUCCACCAGUUUACGCCCCGUGUCUCAGUGUCAUGAGCCGAUCAAAUUCUGACAUCGCAUCGGUCUUUCCGAGUCUGUCGAGUCUGUCGAGUCUUUACGCGCUUAAUCAGGCGCCGAAUCUCCAGCAGUUUCAGAUGGACACGGCGCGGCUGAAAUUGUCGCCGCGUUCCGUUACGGAAAGCAACGCGAUCUCGACGACGCCCGGAGGUGGCGACAACCUGGCUACCGGCAUCAGUGGCGUACCGCCGGGGAAGAGUCAUUUAGCCGCUCAGUGUGCCCCGGUGAAACCUGCGAGGUCUUCCGUGGCGCCUUUGGCGGUUCCCAUCAACAAGCAACAACCUUCGGACAAAUCCGCGAAUGCGAAUACCAACCGGACGAUCCUAGGCGACUCUAGCAAAUCUGCAACCUUUCGCAGCAACGAAGGCCACGUCUCGGACGAAGCUCUUCGUUUGAACGCUCAGAAGAGAUUCUCCUUGGGUGUCGAAAGUACAAAUAACAGGCUUCUGUCGCGGAACGAAGACGCAAAGAGCACUAGCCAGGUCACGAACGAGACUCCUAGAGACACCAAUGCCGAGUCGAAGAAAGAAACGCUCAAUCCUGACAAUUCGCAGCGGCAACAGAAUCGCGAAGCAGCGAGUCCUAACAUCGUUUCGUCGACAGCUUCGCCAUCGCCACCUCCUGGCAACAGUAAUGUGAAGAACGAGGGUAGUACUAAUCACAGUAAUGUUAGUUCGCACGGAGACAAUAACGCGACGUCGUCGAGUCCAACGAAGACAACGAAGGCAACGUCCGAGGCGACCUGCAACAAAUCGCCAGAUAGUCCGGACUCCAGCUCGAUCACGGUGGAGUGUACCUCGGGCACGAGCUCGGUCAAGACGGAUCGAGAAACAUCGACGGACGUAUCCAAGACGACUCCGGACGCGAAUCCGUCCGUCGACGGUUCGAUCGUGUCUGAGGACAAGAACAAAUUCGCCAUGAAGUCGGAGGCGGCCGACAUCGCGAAGCAGUUGAAUACCAUGCACAAGUUGCUGGCGGUUUUUCCUUCGAACAAGUGGAAGAACAAUCCCGUCGCCGCCCAACAUCUGGGGAACUUUCUGAAGAGUCUGAACGCCAAUAUAAGCGAGGACCCCGACGAAUCCAAGGAGGAGAAAACCGAGCGGAAGACCGAAAGUAACGAGACUCGGUAAUGAAACUUCCAUCGAUUCGAGGAAGAUGAAGACACGGUGGUUUCAAGAGUCAUCGAUGCGACAGUUUUAUAUAGAAUUUUAUAACUUUGAAGAAGAGAAGAAAGACAGUUUUCAGUUUCCUUUUCCGCAAUCUGUGGUUGUUUAAUACAGACCGAAAGUCUCACAAUCUAAAAAUUCACAUUGUACAUCUGAUUAUUGUACAGUGUACAAAACAUGAUGAUAUAUAAGGAACAGAAAUCUAGGGUACACGCGAACAGAUAAACUAUAAAACACUGCCAUAUGAAUGGAAAGAUGCGUGGAAUCAUUUUUUACAGGGAUGCAAACAAACAGUUAUUAUAACUCACAUACAAAGUGGGAAAGGAGAAUCUCACGAAGAAUUACACUACAUAUAUUAUAGAAUACACAAAGUAUACAGAAUAGUAUAUAAAGAGCAGUGUAAACCGAGAAUCUUAUUUUUUCAAGUUUCUUAAAAAGAAUCUUUCAUAUGCUCUGGAAUAUACGAUCUUUAGAUUACAUCAUUGAUCUUGUCAAAUUAUAAAGCUUGUAACAUUCCGGAAGAAAGAAUCCAUAUCGUCUUUCUCUGAGAAUCUUCUUCGUUGAUAUAUACAUAUAUCAAGAAUGUAAUUUUCAAUCAAUAAUUGAUAACGACAGCUUAUUUUCAUGAA